ACGUUUCCGUAACGGAUCGUACCGACACCGAUCGACAUUCUCGCGAAGAAUGUUUUGACGGUGUUGGCGGUACGUGUCGGUCCUAUCGUGCCAGUGUGAAUUAGUAAACGGCGGCGUACAAACGCAUCGAAGAAUGGAUCAAGACAAAUUAAUUGCAAAUGUGAAGGCCUAUGAGCCAUUAUAUGUCACAAGCCAUCCGAAAUAUAGUGACAGUGGCUACAAAGAAAAUUUAUGGAAAGCAAUUGCAAAGGAAAUGAACCAGUCAGUGGCAGUUUGUAAAAAAAUAUGGACGAAUCUGCGAGAUUCCUUUAGAAGAGCGAUGAAAAAGAGACGUGAAACGAAAAGCGGGCAGGCAGCCUCUAAAAUCAAGAAAUGGAAAUUUGAAGAUGAGAUGUCGUUCCUAUUACCAUUCAUGCAAGAACGAGACACUUGCAGUAAUUUGAAGGAUGUUAGUGAUGAUGAUGAUGAGAAUAAUGAAGAGGAAUCACAGGAAACCGAAGAUGAUGGUAAAAAUAAACUAGAUGACGAUGGGAUCAACAACACAGAUGAUGUGGAUGGUCAGUUACACAUCGAGGAUGGUAGAAAGGAAAAAGAACUCAGUCGAAAGAUUGUCAACGCUGCUAGAAGAAAGGGAACGAGAAAUCAAACACAACCAGAAACAGCAUCAGCAGUAAUGAUGAAAUAUUUGCUAAAUAAAAAAGCUACUAAAGAGCAGUCGACUCAACAGCCCAAUGCAAUAGAUACAUUUUUCUCGAGUAUUGCAACAACAGUCAAAAGUUUUUCUCCUUAUCAUCAGAACGUAGCUAAAUCGCACAUAUUCUCCAUUGUGAGUGAUCUUGAAAUGAAACAAAUUGUGCAACCACCACAAUUUUUCUCCAACAACACGCCCACACAACGACCUCAGUAUGUACCAACGCAAUUUCAAAGCAUAAGUGUGCCAUCACCGUCACCAACACCAUCGUCAUCAACCCUACAAACUACGUCAUCUUCUUCGUCCUCGAGAAUUGCUACGCCAAUUCAGUCACCACCAUGCUACGAUUUCCCAUCGUCGAUUUCAAUGCAACAUUUAAACCAAGAAACAAUAUAUACUGAGAAUAUGUAAAUUAGUAUAAAUAAAAGUACUUACCUUAAACAUACUGCAAGUCUUUCUGUGGGCGAAAUUGCUUCACGAAAACACGAAUUUUGUUUAUGUAAAUCCGGUCCAAUUGAUUUUAAUAAAUCAAAAAAAUUGUAUUGCGGCAUCCUAAAAUAUUGAUAAAACUUGUCGU